GGGUCUGAGAAAUAAAAUUGUGAUCUUGUUUGAUGCGCAAGAAGAUCACGAAAAUCUAUUUUUCUACUUAAAUCGUACAAUUUUUGCCGCUCUUGUGUGAUUUUCCGUGGGUGAAGGAGUGAAAAUUGCUGAUAGCGUGAAAACAAGUUGCGCAAAACGCCAUGAAUCAGGAGGAGAAAGAAGAUCAGUCAGAAGUACAGGAGGAUCCUUGCGCAGACGUCCCUGAUGUCAGUGCUCUGGGUGUAAUUGAUAUAUUCACGUCACUGUACCAGGACAAGAUAAAGUACAUUGACAAGAAGAUUGGGAAUGAUAACCAGGAAUCUCUGAAGGUAAAACUACCCGUCUACAAGCAAUGGGUGGAGGAUCUCACUGUGCAGAACAGAGAACUGGUCAAAGCAGUGGAGGAGGUGGAAACCGUGGUGUCGGAUCGGCUGAACCUCCUGGAAGAGCGCCUGAAAAAGGAGUACAAACUGCAUGACCGGAGAGUGUUUCAGCUGGAGCACGAUAUUCAGAACCUAUUGAUCUUCCUACGACGUAUUGUUAGAGACAGUAAUUACAGCACAGAAGGACUGAAGUUCCACGAUACUGACCUAGAGAAGAGCUUGACGGAAUUGCGGCAUGGCGAGGAACCGGAUGUGGCGAGAGUCACGGUGGAAAUGACACCAGAAACCAGCAGAAUCAUUACUGGAGGCCUCGAGGACAUAUCCAAGGGGAUGACAAACAUCCGGGAUGAUUUUCGUGGCUCUACAUCCAUUCACACCUUCAACGAUGGCUACAAAUCAUUCGAAGAAAAUGCAAUCCUCAGGGAGAAACUGGAGAGCACGCAGAGAGAGCUAAACUUGCUACAGAUGAAAAACAGAGAGUUGGAAAAGGCCGCCAGUGAUACCCAAGUUCUUGUUGAGGAAAUUGCCAUGAAGCAUGACAUGAUACAGAAAAUGCGAUCAGAUUAUGGACUUUUGGAAGAGCAAAUGCGUCAGGCGGGAAUGCAAAUUCACUUUAAGGACGAUGUCAUCAGGGAACUUAGACGUGAAAUCACGGCUCUUAAGAAGAUAAACACUCAUGAAAGCGAUUCUACAGACUCUUUAGCUGUUGAUUUAUCUAAUGACGGGCCAUCAAAGCAGACAGAUCUCAAGGAGAUGAGCAGCAGGAAGAAUCUCCAAGACAUCUGUAACGAACUGAAUCAGUUAAAUGUGGAAUUGGGAUUGACUAUUCCAGACAGUGAUGAUGUUGUAGUGCCAGAAACCGAAAUGUUGAGUGCAAUUAAACAUGAGUUCUUCAAUUUGAGGAAAACCAAUUCACUUCUUCGUGUAGAGAAUGCCGAAAUGCACGGAGAAAUGGCACAAAUUAGAGAACAACUGAAAAAUUUUUCCUCUCAGAAUGAUCGUUUGAGCAAACAAGGGAAACAAUUAGAUGAGAUGCAACAAGUUAUAACCAAAAUAAGAAAUGUCUGCAAGAGUUUUGGCGGCAAUCAGGAGGAAGCUGGCAGUAACAGUGAUCUCUUGACGAGCUUUAGUGCCAUUCUUGAGGAGUUAAAACGUGAAAAUGCCAUGAAAGAAGAGAAUAUACAAAAGCAAAGACUCGAAAUUGAGAAUUUGAGUACAAUUCAGAAUUCUCUCAAGGCGGAAGCUAUGAAGAAUAAGGAAGUGAUUAAUGAGUUGAAGAGUGCCAUCGACGAGCACGUAAGCGUUGCGAAUGAACAAAAAAGUGCCAAUGAAGACCUUUUAUGUCGCCUGAAAGAGAUGGAAAACCAUCAACCGAAUGAAAUUUUCGCCAAACUCCUCGCUGACAAAAAUCGAUUGGAAGUUGAGUGUCAUCAUCAAAUGACAACAAUUUCCAAUUUGAAGUCAGCCGUGGAGAAUAUGAAAAAAGACGGGAAACCUGUGAGUCCGGGAGGCCAGCAGAGCGGCUCCUUGUGGAGCUGGUGGCGCUCAGUGCAUGAUGUUUAGAGACACGCUUUUCUUGUUUUUUCUUCUGUCAUGCUCAAAAACAGUGCCUAUUUUGAGACAUUCCACUUUGGAAACACUACGGGUCGGCCAAUCCCGUCAGAUUACCGUCCUCUGGCACUCUACCCAACACAAUUUCCUUUUCACAUUUAUUAACACAUGGGAUAGUUGACUAUUUAUUUUCACAAAUAAUUCUAACCUUAUUGUUUAAAUAAGAAACUUAAUGCCAUGAAGAGCUUCCUUACUAAACUUGAUUAAGGAGAAAAUGAUUUAUCGAAAUACGCUUAUAAAAAGUUGCCUGUAAUGCGUUGUUAAUUCUUUCAUGUUGUAAUUGUUUUUUGCCAUGCGAAAAGGGGGCAAUGUUUACAUUAUUAUUUUUCUAUAUCUGUUUAUUGUUUUUUUUUUUUGGGAAAUAAAUAUUUUUCUACAAA